UUAGCAGCUCUGGAGACACAAUAAGAAAGCCCAGCCCCCUAUUGUAACAUAGUCACACGUCAAAGAACACGAUACAUCGCAGUGCAAGCCUACAGCUGCUUCACACUGACCUUCAAUACGUGGUCUGGGGCUUCCAGAACCUUGAUGGCCAUGUAAAGCUUUCCAUGAUGGGUCAAACCCCUUCUGCUCAGAUCAUUGUCACCCAGCCAGACAGGUCAGAUAUUGUCUGUGAGAUCUUCAGCCAGGGAGUGGUACACGCUUCCCAAAAACUAAAGGACUAUCUUGGAUUCGAAGAUCCCUAUGGCAGUUUCCGUCCCAGCCCAGAGACCCUGACAGAGAUCUUCCUGGUCAACUUUAUCACCUUCUGUGUGGAAAAAGGAGUCGAAGAACGAAUUGUCACCAGCAAAAUGACCAAGCAGCAAGCUGUCUUGUUUGGUGUGGACUGGAUUUGGACUCUGCUUGGUCCUGACAAAACCACAAGGCUGCAGAUAGCCGUCCAGGCCCUACAGAUGUCCGACUUCAAUGACAAUGGACGAGGAGACCCAAUAGAGAAUGGCCCCUACAAGGAAAUCCAACUGACUGACACCUUUUACAAAAAUAAGAGCCCGUAUGAGAAACUAGAGGAGUUUUGUCGGCUGGUGGGCUCGGAUUGCCUGGGCCUCUUCAUCAUCUUCGGCCUUCCGGGAAAACCCAAGGAUGUGCGAGGCAUCCUUUUGGACAGCGUCAGCAGGGAAAACAAAAAAAACUCUGUGCCGGCCGAGAAAGCUUUGCAGCAAUUCAUCCUGAACACAGACAAUUUCCUUCCCACAAAGGAGUUACUGGAAACCUGUUUGUUCAAAAGGAACGGGCAAAGGAACAUUGGAAAAGUAUAUAUCAACUUUUUAUGAAUGUUGGUAGAGUUGGAAGGAAGAUAGAGGUUCUGGCCCGGAUUCAGAAAGGACUUACGACGGCGUAUCUAUGCGCUUAUUUAGGAACUGAGAUACGCCUGAAUUUUGCA